CCUCGCCUCUGUGUCCCAAUUGAACGCCUUAUACACUAGUCCGAACUGCUGAAUCAGUCAAAAUGAGGCCUACACUUCUCCGACCCCUCGUUCCCCGCCAUAACCUCUUCGCUUCUUCGCUUCCGCGCUCUUCUUUUCUUCCCAGCUUCAAGUGCAACAACCGCCCUUCCUCGUCUCCCAUCCACCACACCUUCAAAGUCCGAUUCUACUCAGCCAGCUCCACGAACGCAUCCAACAUGUCGCGCACCAAAGUCUACUUCGACAUCCAGUGGGCGGACUCCAACACCCCCGAGUCUGGCCCCCCGAACUCCGGCCGCGUUGUCUUCGAGCUGUACGACGACAUUGUCCCCAAGACCGUCGACAACUUCAAGCAGCUCUGCGCAGGAUUCAAGGACCGCGAUGGCAGCACCAUUGGCUACAAGGGCUCUUCGUUCCACCGCGUGAUCCCCAACUUCAUGCUCCAAGGCGGUGACUUCACUCGCGGCAACGGCACUGGUGGCAAGUCCAUCUACGGCGAGAAGUUCGCCGAUGAGAACUUCCAGAUGAAGCACACCAAGGUCGGCCUUCUGUCGAUGGCCAACGCUGGCCCCAACACCAACGGCUCGCAGUUCUUCGUCACCACCGCCAUCACCUCGUGGCUCGAUGGCAAGCACGUCGUCUUCGGCGAGGUUGUUGAGGGCUACGAGAACGUCGUCAAGGCGGUCGAGGGCCAGGGCAGUCAGAGCGGUGCUAUCAAGACCAAUGCUUACAACCCUGACGGCCCCGGCCCCAAGAAGGGCAACUUCAGGCCCACCAUCGUCGAUGCUGGUGUUCUGUAAAUUACUCGAUCAUCACAGGAAUCGCAUAGGCAUGAUGGACAAGGGUCCUGCGUGACCAGAGACCAGCCAUUGGCGCCACGGCGAAUUUUUUGGGAGCAAAAGCGGACAGAUCGUUUUUAAACACAGGACAACCAAGAUCCUUGGUGGGAAACCUAGACUCAAAAUUAAACUAGUCAAGUGAAUUUCACCACUCUGUGCCAGUUACUUGCCG